AUGAAAGGGGUGGUGUGUUGCUAUGCCGUCACCUCUGCGUUUUACUUGACUCUUCUCUUACUAGUCUUCAUAUCGAUCGCGACAUUCUCCAUAUUGAUCAACGACAAGCCAUAUUCGACUGUCUCGAACAGAGACGUGUUUGGUGGGUCGAACCCUUCAACGUCGUGUGAUUCUAUCGGGUGGUAUCCCACAUUCUUACUGAAAGCAGAUGGAGUUCAAUAUCGUUGUGGAUAUGACCCGAUUCUCGAGUACGUCGGAUACCUUUCACUUUCUUCGUCUUUUUUCGUUCUGUUGGCAACUGCAAUUGCGUCUUUCCUUUUCAAAAAGGCGUCAUAUUCCUUUGGAAUAUACAUCCUCGGCGGUGUCGUUUCGUUUGUUCUAUUGGGGGGAACAGUCACUCAAACAAUUUCAGUCUCGAAGGGAUACACUUAUUGUUUGGAAAAUCUCACACUAGUCCACUCGGGCUCUCCUCAAUGUUUUUUAAGACCUUUCAUAACUAACAUAGUUGCACAAUAUCUCCUUUGUGUAUUUUGGUGGAUCAAUCCUAUCAUUGGAUGUACUUACUUCUUAACUGUUAAGCCUUACAAAGGCCCCACUCAACCUCAAAAUUCAGAGACGGAAGAUGAUGUCUCUGACGAAGACAUUCAAAACAAGAAACCCCUCAUCCCAAAGCCUGUUGGAUCCCCUGCAAUAUAA